UGAUCUUCACAUGAAAGACCAUCUGCAAAUGCCAUCCAGGGCACCGUAAGGUUCCCAAUAUAACCCCAGCGCGGAGCCAGAGGAGGGUUCCUGCUCUGCGGCCUCGGGGUCACGUCAGCUCGGCUCUGUCGACUGUGUUUUUAUCACGUUUGGAUGGACACCAUGAUGAAAGUGGAGGAAGAAACAGAGAUUGAUUUGGGGGAAUCCAGUGACUAUGAUGAAAGAUGAGGAGGAGCAGUCUCGGUCACUUGGAAGGCACUUCCUGCACCGCAAGAAGAGGACAACAUUCAUACGUCAACAUUAGUGGAGAUCAGUGAUACCAAACCUCUUCUUAGCACCAGAGACCCCCGAGGUAUCAAUGACUGCCUCAAGGUGACGUUUGAGGAUGUGAUAGCAGAGCCGGUGUCGGUGCGCAGCGGGGACAGGGUGUGGAUUUGGAGCCACGCUCUGUUUGAGGUGACUCGGGUGUGGAUCUACAGGAUAGUUACAGUGUUAUUUGCCAUUCCUGUGUCUAUUAUCUCUGGUGUCCUCUUCGCCAUCCUCAGCUGCCUCCACAUCUGGAUGAUCAGCCCCUGUAUCCAGUGCCUUCUAAUUGGCACCGGCUGGUUGCAGAGCUUUUGGAGCAUCGUGCUGGAUGUUAUUGUGCGUCCGUUACUCACAAGCGCCGGGAGAUGCUGCGGAGGAUUCAGCAUCCACCUGGCUAAAGAAUGAGACCACUCUGAAAUUAUUUAUGUGCCUCUGACUUUAUAAUGAUCUGUCAAUGGAGCCUAAAUGGCCAUCAUUUGUAAUGAUAAUAAUCAGUCAAAAUGAAAGUGCUACAGUUGCAUUUUUUUAAAAAUACAGUUGCAAAAAUUACAGCUGAUUCAGCAGUUCAGUGUAUAUCAGCUUUGUUAUGUAAUAAUUCUGCUAAGUUCACUUUAGUUUCAAAAACCACAUUUUGCUGCAACCACAUUUAAUGUGACAUGACCAGCUGGUCUGACACAAAACACAGGUUUAUUGCUUCAUGAUAUCUGCCAUAAAGUUUGGACUCUAUUAACAGUACAGUUUAUAAGUAUUUGAACAGUGACACAACUUUUGUAAUGUUGCUUUUGUACACAACAAUUGAGCUGAAAUGAAACCCUUAAGAUGUGCUUGUAGUGUAGAUUUUCAGCUUUAACUCAAAGGGUUUAAUAAUAAUAAUAAUAAUUAAAAAAAAAACAGCUGUUUUUCACAGUCCCUUCCUUAAUCUAGAGUUGGCAGUUAUCAAAAUCAAGUGACUGUACUGGAAGAAAAUUAGCGAGGGAAGCCACCAAGGCUGAGAUUGGAGAAACUGUGCAUACAGUGCAUCAGGAAUGAAUUCACAGACCAACAUUUUAGCCUUUUUCCCUCAAAAUUUGAUCCAUAAUACCCCAUAAUGACAAUGUGAAAAAAGCUGUUUUUUAUUUUUGCAAAUGUAU